AUGAAGAUUCCCAUCACUCGCGCUAUAGGCGUAGACUUGAUCAGAGUUGAUCGAAUCGCAGCACUUCUUGCCAAACCAAGUGGAACGCGGUUUCUACAACGUGUUCUUCAUCCGUCGGAGAGGUCAGCUGCAUCCAAGUUGAAUGCUCAAAAUUGUGCAACUUAUGUUGCUGGCUGCUGGGCGACCAAAGAAGCCAUCUUCAAAAGUCUACCAGCAGUAGAACAGCAUUCGUUCCAAUUCAACAGAUGGUAUAGGUUCCUGGAUAACGGACGGCCUAUCAUUGGUUCUGAAGUACCUCACAGCGAUGAGUUCCUUUUAUCCAUAUCUCACGACGACGGAAUACUCGUCGCAACGGUUCUUCGUCAAGAGUACAUUGACAUACGAGCCACUUGA